CCUCGACCCGUCCCCGCGAGCCCCGGGCGCGGAUGCCGAGCCCGGCGCUGGCGCGGGUGGCCGCUGCCUCUGGGCACUUGGCCGCGCAGGCCCUCCGCGCGCGCGCGCUCUUGGGCGCGCCGCCGCUGCCCGCUGGGGCUGGGGCCGCCGGCCGCUGCGGAGCCCGACCGCCCGCGGCGGCCGCCCAGCCAGCGCCAGGCCUGCUGCCGCUCGCGUGCCCGGCCUGGCCGCCCCCCGGCGGCGGCUGCUGGGCGCCGCAGGGGAGCUGGAGGACCGGCAUGCUGAUGCCAACGGGUGGUGCCGAGCACGGCAUUGCCAAGGUCGUCGAGGAGGGGCUCAGCGUGCCCGUCAGCAUCUCGGAGCCGACGGAGUGGAUAGUGCCCAUGGAGUGCACGCAGCACUGGUACCGGAUCGUGAAGAACCAGAGGAACGCGUUGAAGCCGGUGGAGAACGCCAGCCAGGCCGAUUGCGGCCCCCGGAAGAAGCACUGGAGGUGGUACCGCGACCGCCGGAUCAAGAUGCGGAAGAAGUCGCGGACGAUCUGA